GGAAGCCUUCCGUCACCCAGCUGUCGCAACAAGCUCCAAGAAGCUCCACACCUCACGAUCCCUCUGUCUAGCUGCUGUGCGAACGACAACAGCCAUAUCUCACCGAGCCCUGCAUCUUCCCUUGACCCCUAGAGACCACCAUUUCAUCUCUUUGUAUCACUUCUGCACCCUUCACUACAACACUUGGAAAUCUCCAAUUGCCCGAUAACCACCCGCAAUCAUGUCUGGCGCAGCAGACCGUGAAGCCGUCUUUCCCACCCGGCAAUCGCUGGGUAUCAUGAAAGCAAAGCUCAAAGGCGCCGAAACAGGUCACAGUCUCCUCAAAAGAAAGAGUGAAGCUCUCACCAAACGCUUCCGCGAAAUCACCCGCCGCAUCGACGAAGCCAAGCGCAAGAUGGGCCGCGUAAUGCAAAUCGCCUCCCUCUCCCUCGCCGAAGUCACCUAUGCCGUCGGCGGCAACAUAGGGUACCAAAUCCAGGAAUCCGCCAAAUCCGCCCGCUUCCGCAUCCGCGCCAAGCAGGAAAACGUCUCGGGCGUCCUCCUCCCCGCGUUUGAGAGCUACCAGACCGAGGGGAACAACGACUUUGCCAUGACGGGUCUCGGCAAGGGAGGUCAGCAGGUGCAGCGGUGUCGCGAGACGUAUGCGAGGGCGGUGGAGGCGCUCGUGGAGCUGGCGAGCUUGCAGACGGCGUUCGUGAUUUUGGACGAGGUCAUCAAGGUGGUGAACAGGCGAGUGAAUGCCAUUGAGCAUGUCAUUAUUCCCAGGACGGAGAAUACCAUCAAGUAUAUCAACUCGGAGCUUGACGAGCUGGACAGAGAGGAGUUUUACAGACUGAAGAAGGUUGCCGGCAAGAAACAGCGAGACACAGCCGAGCAAGAUGCCGAGAUGAAGGCUAGGAAAGAAGCGCAAGCUGCAGCUGCAGAUGAGCAGAACCAAGCGCCAAAUGCCGCGGCGGACGACGCGCCAGCUGAUCUGUUGGCUGCGGAGGAGGACGAAGAUGUCAUCUUCUAAGGGAGUUGUUGGGCUUGGACCAUCGAGCGUUGUUGUCACUGUCGCAUGUUGGAAGGGUGUGGUUAGAGUCAUUGGUCAGCACAUUGAGUUUCAUUAGGCAUAGGCGCAAUCCGGGAGUUGCUUGUUUCCAUGUUUCUAUUUCAUUGGGUAUCUCUAAUUCCCUUCGCUGAGGCAUCAAUGAGCCGAUUACGCUAAACCUGUACCAUUCGGAGCAUUACAUCCUACUUUACCUAUCAAACCAGUUAUAUGUGGUAUCUCAACUCCAACCCCCAGCUUACUGGCGCUGGUACGUGACCUUCAUCGUCUUCUCGCCAUUCUUCAGCGCCAUGCCAGCAGUAUUCUCCUUGGCAGUAAUAGCCCCGGCUUCUGCGUCGUACUCGACGAAAGCAAUCCCGCUGCGACCAGGGACAGUACGGACUUCGCGGAAACCUUCGAAGCGGCUGAAGAUACCAGUGAGCUCGUCCUUGCCAAAGUCGUCGGGGAGGUUCUGAACGAAGAGAAUGCGGUUGGGUGGGAGGUAUUCGUCGGGUACGACAGCGGCGGCACCAGCACCGGUGGACUUGAGGCCGGCACCACGAGCGUUCUUGGUUGGGCGGCCACUGACGGCGGUUUCGGCACCUGGAAGAGGACGCUUGAGGCGCUUUUGCUCUUCGGCUGUUUCGAGCGCCUUCUUUUUGUCUAUUGAUAAUUCAUGUUAAAACCAAGUUCAAAACGGAGAAAUGUUAACGAGGGCAUACCCUUCUCUGCCAUGCGCCGGCGCUUGUGGGCAUCAAACUCCUCCUCGUUGCCGGUCUGUUUAACGGUGGCAUCGCUUCGAGUGCGGGCAAGGGCGACUUGCAUGGGCUUCUCGAACAACUCGAACCCCUGGACUUCUUCGAUAGCCGCGAGGGCGGACUCGGGCUUGUCGAAAACAACAAAUGCCUGGCCCUUGGCCUUGAGGUUGGUCUUAACAACGAUAUCGAUCACAUUGCCGUACUCGGAGAAGAUGGCCAUGAGGGCUUCCUUGAGCGGUUCGGGCUUGACGCGCUCUUCGAGGUUGCGCACGUAGACACUAUGCGAUAGAGGAUUGUGUUAGUUGAUUCCAAUGCGACGCGAUACCUGGGAUGGCUGAUGCCUUGUAUGUGUCGGAGUGCAAUGACACAUACGUGGCGAUUGGCUGUUGUCCUGAAGCCAUUUUUAUCUUUGUUGAUGAUGUUUAUGAUCAGGCAGCAACUGCUGAUUUGUUUGCAAAAUGUUGAAUGUUGUGGUUGAACUCGGAAAGGUUUUUUGAUGAUUGGAGGACAAGACAUGAAGUUGGAGAUUGGAGACGGUGCCAAAACAAAGUGGGCC